AUGGUUCUCACGACGAUCACAACCGACCACUUGAGUCUAGAUGCGUAUACGGGCACCGCGAGACUUGCUCUUCAGCGUCCCAAGGCACCGAACAGGCGACACUCUGCCAAGCCGAAACACGAAGAUGAGGAUCCGAUCUACGACCUCAUGGCUCUCCCCCAGCCAACUCAUGUGCCGGCCGUCGCGCCAUCAUCCUGCAAGCCACCCUACGAUCUCUCACCCAACGCCCUCGCUGGUAACCAAAACCGCGUCGAGCGUCGAGGGCGCCCUCGUCUUGAUUCAAGCCAAACCAAAAACUCCGAGCAAGACAAACAAAAAGACCUGGACGUUGUCAAGAACGCCCGAGCAUCCAAGAAGUCUACCAUCCGAGGGAAGCGGGCGGAGAAACAAGCAUGUAGUAGUACAAACAACGGGAACCCCAUCAAUCAUGGCCUCUUCGACCUUGAUAUUGCAAAUCAGAUGAUUCCAUACUGCAGCCCGGAUCUGAUAACUACAUGUCCCAAACCACCGACACCAGCUGGAAUGUGUGAUUCGAAAACAUACCUCUCCUACCAGAUCGAUAUAGCUCGCCAUCUGGCCUACAAUGGCGUCUCCGGGCCAUAUCGGGUUGGCGAAUACCUUUGCGACCUCUACCUUGCAGAUGCGAAGUUUAUCAAGAUCGCUAGCCUUAACAUUGACACUUAUGGUCAAUCAUUCUGGUGCCAUACGAUGACAGGAGAGCGGGUACACUCGCAGGAUGGAUCAAAGGUGGCAGGCAAGCCUGUCACAAUGGCUAACGGAGCGCUGGUCUGGAUGGAGGACGAAAAGGGAAAUACCAUACCCCCUGAGUGGUCAUUCACUGAGCCUCACGACUUGUUCUUCGAGCCUCAAGUCAUCGAGUUUCCCUCAACCGUGCCACUGCAGCAGCGGUAUCCUGGCCUCCGGUCUGGUAACAACCCCACGUUGUUGUAA